UUCGUUAGGUGCACUGUCAGUCUUCUGAAGGAGACUCUCUACGAACUGCAAGUUGCUGAUUCAAUUUUUUUGUCAUCUGACUGAAUUACUCAGCAAAUUUCUUAUUUAAGAUGAUGGUUCCUGAGUUUACUCUUGGUAUUUGGCUGCUUCUACAGCUGAUAAGUCCUGUGGCUAAUUAUGCAAAUGGAAAAGUAACAGAGGCCUGCCACACAAUGAUUCCUCUCCAUGGCUAUACUCCACAGUCAGAUCCUAUUCACAAAAUCACGUUGAAUCAGACCACAUUUCUUCCAGGAGAUACUAUCACAGUUACUCUGUCUGGGCCACAGUUUAAAGGAUUCCUCAUAGAAGCCCGAAAUGCCAACGAUUUGGAUAGCAGUCCUGUUGGCUCCUUCACUCUGAUUGACAGGGAGGUGUCCCAGCUUCUGACCUGUGAAGACAAAGAGGGUUCAGCUGUCAGUCAUACAAGUCCAGCAAAAAAAACCAAGAUACAGGUCCAUUGGAAUGCACCAAGCACUGUUAAUUACUCUGUACAAUUUCUAGCCACUGUUGUUGAGAAGUACAAAAUCUACUGGGCAAAGAUUCGUGGCCCUAUUCUUUCCCCAUCAAAUGCACAUCCUUUUACAGUGUCCCAAACUACAACAGUAUCUUCACCUACAUCAAGUCCCAUCACCAAUCUAAAAAAAUCGUUCAGCACAUUGAAUUGUGGGAGAACAAAGUUCUGUAUCAGGAAUCCUGUGAACUGUGAUCCAGGGAACGAAUACCACUGUUUCUUUCUCUCCUUUGAGAGAGAAAAUAAUUCAGUACUGAUUGAAAUGAGUGGACCUAAUGAAGGCUACUUAUCCUUUGCAUUGUCUCAUGAUCAAUGGAUGGGUGAUGAUGAUGGAUACUUGUGUAUUCGUGAAGAUGAGACUGUGCACAUACACCCUUCUUAUGUGAUUGGACGAAGUCACCCUGUGUUAGAUUCUUCGACUGCCCUUGAAGCUAUGGCAUGGAGGCUGGCUGAUGGAGUUGUUCAGUGUUCUUUUAGAAGAAAUAUUAGUCUUCCUGGUUCGAAGAGAUUUGACCUGGACCAGAAGUAUUACAUAUUUCUAGCCAAUGGAGCCGCUAAUGAUGGUCAGAUUUUUAAGCAUUCACAGCAACCUCUGAUUACCAGUGAAAAACAUGAUGUGACAGACCAUCCGAAGAAUAUAGGAGGCUCCCGAUCUCCAUUCCUCCUGAAGGUUCAUGGUGCAUUCAUGUUUGUGGCCUGGAUGACAACUGGGAGCAUUGGUGUGCUGGUUGCCCGAUUCUUCAAACCUGUAUGGCCCAAGGCCUUCCUCUUUGGUGAGGCAGUCUGGUUUCAGGUACAUCGGAUUCUCAUGCUCUGCACCUCUGGCCUCACUACUGUUGGUUUUGUACUUCCUUUCAUAUAUAGAAAAGGCUGGAGUCAGGAAGCAGGUUAUCAUUCAUACCUUGGCUGUGUAGUGUUGACAUUAGCAGUUCUUCAGCUGCUUCUAGCAGUUUUCAGGCCCCCAUCACAUGAUCCAAGACGGCAGAUAUUUAACUGGACUCAUUGGGGGACUGGUACUGCUGUUAGGAUACUAGCAGUGACAGCAAUAUUCCUGGGUAUGGACUUACCAGGACUCAAUCUUCCCACUCCAGGGAAAACAUAUGCAAUGAUUGGAUUUGUAGGUUGGCAUGUUGGUACUGAGAUUCUUCUUGAGAUACAUGCCUAUCGGCUCACACGCAAAGUUGAAAUAUUGGAAGAUGAUAGAAUUCAGAUUCUUCAGUCAUUUACAACAGCUGAGGCAGAGGGCCAAGCAUUUAAAAAGCUGGUGUUCGUUGUCUAUCUUUGUGGAAAUGUAGCUUUUCUCUUCAUAUUCCUAUAUGCAAUUGGCCAGCAGUGACUUAACUUCCAACAGUGCAUGAAUGAAGGCAAACAGAACCUUGGACUUGAAUGAUGAGGAGAUGAUGAAACUCAAAGCCUGUACUAACUGCCUCUGAUUGUUUCCUGAAAUUUUUUAAAAGAUGAGUGUCAUGUUUAUGAAGGGAUUCUGAGCUAGGAUCACUGAAAAUAAACUUUCAGUAAGGGCUGUCUGGAUAAUAAAUUUACAUUAAGUCACUUAUAUGUAUUCUCCAGCUUCAAGGAAGAUUAUACCUCGAGGACCUGGUCCUCAAAUUUUCUCCUAUGAGGUAAGUAUAGUAAAAACAAAACAAAACAAAACAAAUUGGCAAAGAACUUUUAAUGCCCACUCUGUCCUAAACAAAACCAAAAUCCAAUUCACUUUUAAUUUUUGGAGGAAGAGGAUUUCUAUUGAAGAAGAUAAGUUCCUAAUGGCAAAUAUGCUACAGUUAAAACAAGAAGAAAUCCAUCAUUUUUCGUUAAUUCAUCCUAAUGGUCUCCUUGGCUUCUCUUAAAAUGGAAAGCUACAUGAUUGUUAGAAGAGUUUUGAGCAUAACUCAUGUUCUGUGCUGCUUAUCUUUACUUCUGUGGUAAAAUGGAAUCAAGGCAAAGAAAAAAAACAUCAUGGCUUUCAUUUAAAGCCCUAUCUGGCAAGCAUUCUGUGUGCCUUGUGCAGAAGAACUCCAUGGCCCAUCAAAGCUUUUCAUCUGCUGGUCUAACAGAAGCCUUUAAAGAGCCUCAAGACCAAAACAGAAACACUGAAUCAUCUCUUUUCCAUGCUCCUUGUUUUAACUAUAACCUGUGACUCUUAUUAAGGUUGAUGAAGACAAAACUUACUCAGGCAAAUUGAAUCAAAAGAACACUUAUGCAAAUAUAUGUCUAGCACCCUCCAUUUCUUUGCACUCUGAAAUUUAAAAAAAAAAAGGUGCCAAAAACUGUAUUGCCUUAGAAAAUUUAGAAACCUGUGAAUUGAAACAGAAAAUGUCAUUCUUCAUGUUAAUGCUUUUUGUUUGUUUUGUUUUUAAUCAGUUGUCCGUUCCAUUGGUGUGUGGGCAGGUUCCACGGUUGCCAUUGUGACCUCUGGCCAUUGGGUAGUGCUCUAAAACCAGAGUCCUAGAUCUUUCUUGUUGCAGUGCUCAGUGAUUCAGACUUGUACUUCUGUACCGACAUGCUAGAAAGCAUUUAGUUUGGCAGCUGUCUCUCCCUAAAUUGAUUUAAGAUUUAUUUCUUUAUUGGGGGUGGUGGUACAUAGAAAGUUAAUAAGAAACAUUAGCAUUUACAUUACAUUGUAUUUGUAGGGGUGAGAAGAGAAAGGGAGGGUGGCCAUUUCCCCCCUUUUAUAGAUGUUUGCUUACAGACCCCACAGCGAACAAGUGAAACCUACCUGAGGAAAGAGGAACGAGAUGUUAUUAAAUACUCUUUUACAAAAUAGAUUGAGGAGGUCUUUAUUGGUUAUUAGUAUUUCAAAUGAUGUUUCUCUAAGUGUUUUGAGAAUGUUAAAUUUUUUGCUUGGGUCAUAGACAAUCUCUAUUCAAGCUAUGGAACAGCAUAAGUGAAACCUACUAUUUUUUCUUUUGCUAGAUAAAAUUGUCUACUUUUCCUUCUUUCUCUGUAUAAGUAUGCGUGAAUCAUGAAAAAACUAAGGGGUUGCUCUGUUCAUCUUUUCUAAAUGCAGAAUUUUUAUUUUGUUGCUCGUGUAGUCUGUGUUCCUUUCUGUCAUCAUUGUAUUGUUACUGUUAUUAUUUUUAAAAGGUGGAGCAUAGUCAUAUAAAUGUAUGAUAAAUUUUUUUCCUGUUGCUUGCUGGUAGUAAGGAUUUGUAGAUAAAUAAAUUUCCUGUUACAUAGUUUAUUCUAAAUUAAAGGGGAAAGAGCGAUUUGAAGGGGAAGAUGAGCUUUGAACUACAGCAUCUGUGAACUCUAGUCAAUUUUCCUUCAACUAAGGAAAGUCACUUUAAUCCUUUCUGGAUUAUUUAUCUGUUGAAAUACUUUUAUGAAAAAAAUUGUAUCGAUGGCAGUGCUACACCAACAAUUGCACCGAAAUGCGGAUCGGUACCGUAGGAGAUUUCUAAUUUCAUGCUAAUAGAAAAAAUUUUGCCCCCUAAAAGUAAGAGUUAUCAUUUUUCUUAAUCAAAGCCAACCUCCUUGGACAUCAGAAACCUGUUCUUUUGUCCACAUUUGUUUUCAAUGCUAUAAAAAUAUAUACAAGAUAUACAUUUGUACAUAAAUGUAAAGUUGUAGAUCCUGUUUUAAUUUUUUUUUUCAUUUCUUCUGUUAGAUGUGAUUUUGAAACUCCACAAAUGCUUUGAAAGAGGGAAUGGGUUUCUUGCCUUUUUUUUCCUUCUCCAAAUAUAAAACAAGAGAAAUUAAAGUAUGUUCCUCAUGAA